AUGUCGGUCCUGCCUCCAGAAUAAAACCAUAAAGAGGAUCAAAACUGGCCACAGUUGGGGAAGUUGCUGUGCAACCCACCCGGCGUCAUCUACAGUGACUGUCGACCUGCACUCCUCAUGUUCCUCGCACUCGCGACUCGUAACCUCCGUUUUUUCCGGUUCUCCUUCUUUUAAAUCAGUGUUUUCAUCAGAAGUGGAUUUCUCAACAAUGCCCUCCAGUUGUGGUGAGUGUUUUGAAGGCCUGCGGUAAAAUGCCGAUCUUCUGCGCUCGCGUUUGCACCGUUCUCUUUCCAGAGACACAAUCAUGCUUCCUGGUCUGUCGAAAAUGAUCCCGCUCAUCGUGCUAUCCUCUUCGAAGUCGCUCGUUGAAUCUGCUCAUCUUAAUUGUUAACACCAUCUUCUAAGCUAGAAUCGAGCGUGUGGGGGCUUACGAUCGGACGCUGAAUCUCUUCGCUCACGCUUGCGUCGCGCCUGUUCUAGGUGCUCAAUCUUGCUUCUCGGCUUGUCGAAUAUCUCUUCUCUCAUUGCAGUCUGCUCUUCGACUUCCGUCAUCUCCAGUGCGGUGAUUUCCAUGUCGUCGUCAAUUUCAGCUUUUCUUUUUUUAGCCGUUUCAAUUCUCUGCUCCGCCACUACCCUCUCUUUAUCAGUCAUCAGCGGCAACCAUUUCUUAUACAUCUUAUCACAUCUCAAGCAAAGGUUGUCUUUGUUCGCCUUCACGCACUGCGGACACUGAUGCAUCUUUGUCACAAUCUCGUCCAUGAUGACGACGCGUUUGGUGGCGAGAUAGUCUUUACUCCAAGCUCGUGUUCCGGCAGCUUCAUCCUCGUUAUCAUCCUCGAUUGCGAACAGUCUGUCCCAACUCGCCCGUCGAAAUGCAGCGAGUGCGCGGAGGUCGCCGUGGUUACCGAAAUCUGGUUGUACGAGCGCUCGUAAAGCGACAAUCAUGUCCGGGGCAUCGAGCAUCACCACAUCAUCGUCUCGAUUCGACAUCGAGGAUGGGUCACCGUUACUCCCGCUCGCAUCGUCGUCAUCAUCACUUUCCUUCAUCUCGACGUCUUUUUCUUCCCCUUGUUCAGGACGCCUGACCACUAGGAUACUAUCGUUCGCAUCUUGCUUUUCUUCAUCGUUUAUCACCUCGGUUGCCUCGCCAGAAACCAUUCUCCAGAAUACUCCGUCUUUCCCUGAGCGACUGGAGUUUCUGAUAGCGAGGAGGCAUGUGGGUGACAUCAUGUUGUUGCUGCUGAUGCUGCGGGCUUGUUCCUGCCUUUCGUUUGCUCUGCUCAUGAUGGGUGGGAGGUUGAGUGUAGGCGAGAACGGUUAGAGAAUUCGUUGGGAUACUGGUGCGAUGGCGAUGUAGUAGUCUACAGCGUAGUGCGUAGAAUGUUUCUGCAAUCGUGUAUAGUUGGAGUUGGUAUUGCUGUCAUUGUUCUUCUU